AACAUUAAUCAAAAUGCCGCCUAUGAAGAACCCAGAUGGAACAGUAAACUUUGAGGGCUUAAAAGGUCAUCUCAACUUCGUGAAAGGAAAGUAUGAACAGAACGCUAAAAACUAUAAAGCAAACACGGGCAAAGAGAUGGGAUUUGGAGCACAAGAUGAAGGCGUUCAAGGAUCUCUAGGCGGUCAAUCUGCCGCACCUCAACCGAAUGCCACUCAAAACCAACAAACAGACACGCGAGAACAAGACAGUGAUGCACCAGAUGCCACACUUCAUGAUGAAAGGAAGAAUGAUUGAUGGGUAAAUUCCCAAUGUAUUAUUUAUUUAGUUACUGUUCCGAAUUUGAUAUGAUAGCCCUCUGCAUAUGCAGUAUUAAUCCUUAUCAAAAGCCUGUCUGCUAUCUUAUCGUUCCGUUGCCGUGUAUGUCACAAAAGC